UGUAGCUUUCUAAAUUUCAUGGUAAAAGCGUCAACAUUGAAACGGAAGGUAAUAUAAUGAUGAUGGCGGCGCUAUUUGGUGGAAACGUCGGAGUGAUUUUGAUGAGAAUGUGUCCGAGAAACGGUCCGAAAUAAUUCAAAAAUGAACGUCUUUACACAAGUUUUCGGAGUGGCGCUUAAUUUUCUCAUGAUUCCCUUCAACCCCUCAGCACCGCCGAUGCCAUAUAUUGUCAGUGAGACCACGUGUAGGAUUACCAAUUUCAAAUUUGGUGAAAACGAGAUGAAAGUGAGCCUCGCCCCUAGAGGCUACUGUCCAAACUGCUGUCCGGUAAAAUCCAGAGUUGACAUCCGCUUCGUGCUUUAUACGAAAUCUAGUCCUGAUAAAGGGACUAUUAUCGCCCCAUCACCAACGGCCGCACGCAGGGCCGGCAUUGACCCGCUUGCACCCACCGUUAUUUACAUACACGGAUUCACGGAACCUUCACCGGGGAAAAGUGGACGAGGCAUCACCCAUGCUUAUCUCAGUCGAAAAGACAAUUUCAACGUUAUCCUCGUGGACUGGUCGGACUUGGCAACCUUUCCGUGGUAUCUCCCAGCCGUCAGAAAUGUGAAAAUUGUAGCGGGAAAAUUAAGGAAGUUUUUGGAAGUUUUCAAUGACAGUGGAGAAAUCCCUCUGAGAAAUGUGCAUUUGAUUGGGUUCAGUUUGGGCUCACAUAUAGCCGGAUUCGCCGGAAAACUGCUUCGGAGAGGGCUUCGAAUUCCGAGAAUUACGGCCCUGGAUCCGGCGUUUCCGGAAUACUCCCUCAAUGACGACUCAAGACGCCUCACUCGCACCGACGCCGACUACAUCGACGUCAUCCACACCGACGCGGGCGUUUUGGGUUUGCCCAUCUCGGUGGGCCAUGCCGAUUUUUACCCCAAUGGGGGCCGAGCCCUUCAACCUGGCUGUCAGCCCAGUUAUUUAGUUCAACUCCGACUAGUGGAUCAGAUAUUUGCUUGCAGUCAUGUAAGAGCCUGGAGACUGUACGCCGAAUCCGUGAUGCAUCCUGAAGCAUUUCCGGCAACGAAAUGCCAAAUUUGGCGCGGGCCCAACCGGAAGUGCAACUUCACAAAUGAUGCACUGAUGGGUUACUCCAAUAACAAUCGUAGCCAUGGACAGUUUUAUCUGAUAACUGGUUUCAAAGCGCCUUUCGCCAAGACUGCACAUCAACAAAUGACUGAAUAGUUUGUAGGAUUUUUAUUGUUGAUUUGUUGUACUUUUUAUUUAUUAAAUGAAAAUGAAAUAAAA